GCAUAUAUAUCUCUCUCACCCUCCUCCACUUCAUAUAUGUCUAUAGCCAUAUCCAUUUACUAUAGUAGUUGUCUUUUCUCUUUUUCAUCUUUAAUUUUUCAUCAAUGGAUCAACUUGAUCAACCUUUAGUUUCUAAUAGCUCUCUAGUUUUUCCACUCAUGAUCACCUUAAUAUUAUUAAUUUUUUUCACUACUAUUUUUUCAUAUCUCAUAUCAUGUUUUCACAAAUUUUUUAGUAGUAGUGUGUUUUGUAGUUGUGAAAUUUGCCAAGCUUAUCUCUCUUCAAGUUGGUCAAAAGAUUUCAACAAUCUUUGUGAUUGGUAUGCUCAUCUCCUAAAAAAAUCACCAACAAAAACCAUCCACAUACAUGUCCUAAGAAACAUAAUCACCGCAAAUUGUGAAAACGUUGAGUACAUACUCAAAACAAAAUUCGAAAACUACCCAAAAGGAAAACCCUUCUCAUCAAUCUUAGGUGAUUUUCUAGGUCGUGGUAUCUUCAACGUGGAUGGUGAUUUAUGGAAAUUUCAAAAGAAGAUGGCAAGUUUAGAACUCAACAAACAAUCCAUAAGAUCAUUUGCCUUUGAAGUUGUCAACAACGAAAUCGAAAAUCGACUCAUCCCUCUACUCCAAAACCAAAACCUAAACCAAGUUGUUUUUGAUUUGCAAGAUGUUUUCAAAAGAUUCUCUUUUGAUAGUAUUUGUAGAUUUUCCUUUGGUUUAGACCCUAUGUGUUUAGAAACAUCCUUACCUAUGUCGGAUUUCGCUCUUUCUUUUGAUCUAGCAUCAAAAUUAUCAGCUGAAAGAGCCAUGGUUGUGUCUCCAUUAAUUUGGAAGAUCAAAAGAUUUUUCAACAUGGGUAGUGAAAAGGAGUUACAAAAAAGUAUUAACAUCAUUAAUAUGUUAGCCAAAGUUGUUAUAAAUCAAAAGAGAAAAUUAGGUUUUUCCCAUCACAAAGAUUUGUUGUCAAGAUUCAUGAGUACUACAAUUCAUGAUGACAUGUUUCUUAGAGACAUAGUCAUAAGUUUCUUAUUGGCCGGUCGCGACACCGUGGCAUCAUCACUCACAAGUUUCUUUUGGUUAUUAGCAAAAAAUCCAGAAGUUGAGAAAGAGAUUUUGUUAGAAGCAGAAAGAGUAAUUGGACCACAUGAUGAAAACAAUAUUUUUGGUGUAACGAAUUUUGAACAACUUAGGAAAUUGCAUUAUUUACAAGCAGCAGCACAUGAAAGUAUGAGACUAUAUCCACCAAUUCAAUUUGAUUCAAAGUUUUGUUUGGAUGAUGAUGUUUUACCAGAUGGUACAAAAGUGAAAAGUGGAACUAGGGUUACUUAUCAUCCUUAUGCAAUGGGUAGGUUGGAGGAAUUGUGGGGUCCAGAUUGUUUAGAGUUUAAGCCUGAAAGGUGGUUGAAAGAUGGUGUGUUUCAACCUUCAAAUCAAUUCAAGUACCCUAUUUUUCAAGCUGGGUUAAGGGUUUGUAUUGGUAAAGAAAUGGCUUUGAUGGAACUUAAAAGUGUGGCAAUUUCUUUGCUUAGAAAGUUUCAUAUUGAAUUGGAAGAUAGAACAAUGUUUCAUGGUAACCCAAGAUUCUCUCCUGGACUAACUGCCACUUUUGCUUUUGGUCUUCCUGUAUUUGUUCGUCCAAGAGGAACCAAGUGAAUAAUCCGUACUACUAUAUAUAUGUAUCAAACUUGUCCUUAUGUAUACCUAGUAUAUUUACAAUUUAUGGUCCAUAUUUGGAUUUGUGGACAUUUAUAUAUGGUCCAUGUUGUUUGAAGAUUAAAUAUGUGAGGUCAAUUUAUUACUCUCUCAUAUUAAGAGAAUCACGUUAACCACUAAAAAUACAAGAUUGGUGUGGAUUCUCUUGUAGUAUUGUAUUAGGGUACAAUAUUAAAUGCUUGAGGCUGCUGCAGUAACGCCGUUGGUUUUUGACUCUGCAUCAUCAUGUGGAUAUUGAUAAGUGGAAUCUACAUUAUUAAUGUUAUUUUAGUGCGGAACAAAAGUUAAUUAUGA